GCGAAUCAGGUACGCACAAAGCCAAUCCAAUCUUCUUCUCAUUCUCUCACAUCACUCACUAGCCUUGCUUUCCCCGCCAAACUCUUCACCCUUUCACUCUCUCACUCACUCAAAAAUUGUGCUUUUCUUCGCUUUUCCAUUUCUCAACUGGUGAUCAAAUACGCAUGUAGGUGGUGGAUAAUGUGUUGACCGUGGAGUAAGCAGUUAUCAAUGGCAGAAUGCGUGACUUCCCCAUUCUGUUUUAAGCUGAAUAUGCAGAGAAGGCCUUUUACUGAAAGAGCUUUCUCUCAUCAGACUACAAAUUUCAAGACUGUUCACAGAAAGUAUUCCAGAAAUGGAUGUGAAUGUUUCCACUUCUCAGCACAGAACACAUUCGAGCCAAGUGUAUUUAGGGCUCCAGAUUUAAAAAUGACUCACUCUCUUCGGACAUUCCCUUUAAAUUGCAAUGGCAUAGGAGCCUUGGUUGACUUUGAUGGUUCAACAGCCUCUAGUUUGGUGCCUGUUGUUAAUCAGGUUCUUUUGAUGGGAAGUAUAUUGCUCGCUUAUAUGGCCGGAGUAGUUCCUAUUAACAAAUCUUAUACCAGUGAUCAAAAGAUCAAUUCUAUUAAAAAUGUGUUACGUGAGAGCUCAGACAUUUCUGGUAGUGCAAUGAAGCAAAAUGAUCAAGUUGAGUCAAAGUAUGUAUUAGAUGUGGUGAGAGAAAAACUUUUGAAUUCACUAAAGGCAUUAGAGAAUGAGGCUUAUGCGGGGGACACCACCCUUCAAUAUGCAAAAAGACCCUUGAGUUUAAAUGCUGUGGCCGCGGGUCCAAAGUUAAGGUUACUUUGGGCUGCUUUUCUGCAAAUUGAGGAAGAGGUUAAUAAUAACUCAAGCAUUUCCAGAUCUGUUGGUAUGGAUGAUCUUUUCAAAGUUUUUUCUGAAGUUAUUCAAAGGUCAUGCCAUUCUAUCUGUGCUACAUGGCUGGAAAAGGAGUAUUUCCUUGUAAAAGGCAACACUGACAAGGAGUUUCUUUCUUUGAUACUUGAAAAAGUGAAAGGGGAUAAUGCUAUUUCACAGAACAUUACAAGGUCUGGCAAGAAGGAUCUGUAUUCAGAAUUACUUUGGUAUCUUACUUUCGGUUUGCUUAGUAUGAGGACAACAGUAGGCAUUAACGGUGGUUGGAUCAGAGGAAAAUCCACCCUUCAACAAGGACCCGUUUGUAUUUGGCGGCUUCGCCGGCGGGACGAUUGCUGUUAUGAUUCCAGUAUAUUUGCUACCCAUGGCAUUUCCAUAUUGGAAGAUUUAGUGAUAACUCUGGCAGACGGGGUUGCAAGCGUCUAUCUGGAGUUUAUUUCUGUUGAUAGUAAGGUGUCAAGUAAAACAAAUAGCUGGGACAUGUCAUUCUGUGCUAUGUCCACCAGGGAACUCCAAAAAUUACGUAACGAGGUUGCUUUGAACCAGUGGUUGCACCACAACAUGGACACAGUUGUGUCAAUGUACGAGGAUCGUUUUGACUUGUGUACACUUGAGAAACAACCCAUUAAUCUACCAGACAGCAGUCAGACUGAAAAACAAUCUUGGUGGAGGAAUCUUACCCAGCAACCUUCAAAAACCAUGUCACAUGAGUUACAUUGGAUUGUGAUAAGCCAUUUCUCAAUGCCCGUAAAACGGACCAAGGAGUUAAGAGCCCUGAUAGGAUGGCGGUAUUACUUCAGCCUUCUCCUCGAGUUGUCUGACAUCACCAUGCCGAUUGUUAGAAAAGUUAUUAAUAAAGCAAGUGAAGCGAUCUCUUUCUUUUUGGUUAGCUUGAUUGGUAGGUCUGUAGGACUCAUUUAUACAGGCAUUAGGCAGUCCCUCAAAUGGAAGUGAGCUUAGUACAGUUUUGUGUAGCGCUGUUAUAUUGUGUCAUUUAUGUUGUAAUUGUAGUUUAGAAUAAAAUAAAGUUGGAAAUAUAGCAUUGCUUUCAGUUGGUUGCGUGGGGCUUUUCACAGGGUUAUUAUGUAUACAUGAAAAGCUCACUCAUCGAGAUCAACCAAUUUUAGCAUAGAAAUGUGCAUUUUGGAUUACUGGAUUUGAAUUUAAGCAACACUCCAUUCAAAUA